AUGCUUUCUGGGAGAUGGGGAAUGAGCAGGUAUCUGGUUGGUUAUGAUCUUGAGGGCAACCGAUUUUAUGAAUAUCCCGGCCACGCAGCUGUCGCUGGCAGAACACGAAGAGUAGUGAAGUAUCGCAGACGACUAGUCCACCCAGAAUAUGUGGACGAGCAACGGAAUCUGCCAGUACAAUGGCAGGCCUGGCUAUCUCGUCUACGUGAAGCCCCACCCACACCCGAGGAGCUUCAAACCGAACGGUUGCGCUUAAAACAACUUGUCGACAAUAUUGCGCAGAUUGAAGAACGCGAACGAGGUGCUUCGCUUCUCUCUUCCCCGUCCAGCUCAUCUACACCUCUCAAAACGGGCGAAAUACCCGUUAUCGACGCCGCGCCAGACGUGUGCCCCCCAUCCACACUAGCAACUCGACCGUCUAUGGGAAGUGAUACUCUUAGCCGAGAGGACCAAGAACUGCUAAGGAAGCGGGAAGUAAUGAGCCAGUCGCCUCUUAGCGCGUACAGGCCAGUGGAGGCGGGCGAUGUGAAAACACCGAUAGGACGACAGCCCAAUCCUGCAUCGACGCUUCCCACGGCGGAUGCACAAUCAGAACCAACAAGAGAACAGUCUCCUUUCCCCAGUAGAACCCCAGGUGCAGAUGAGCCAGUGGGAUGGCAGCCCAGUGCAGCACCGAGACGGAGAGGUGGAGCAGCAAAAUAA